GGCCUAAGCUCUUCCCCCAUCAUCUAAAGUCCGAGCUACCCCACACUUCUUCUUGAUCAGCGUGUCUUGAGUGUCUUGCCAAACACCCGCAGGAGUGGACGUCUUUCUGGCUAGAAGCAGAGGAAGAACGCAGAGCUCAGAAUGGCAUCAGCAACUGGAAUACCACCGAAUGCUGCUGCGGCGCGUGGACAGAGCGAGGAGGAGCCGCUCUUGGGAAGGAGAGGCGAUGCGAGUCAAGCUGAGGGACAGCCGCUGUAUCAUAACCUGUGGAUUGGUACUGCACCCAUUGCCCAAGCGGGCAUCUGGAUCCUCGCAGCGAUAGUAUGGGGAGCAAUCCUCUCCCAGAAACUCAUCUUUUUUUCUGCACAUCCCCUGCUCAAUUCCGCCGGCUUCCUCCUCGCCAUCCAAGCAUCCCUCAUCCUCCAACCCACCCAUACACCUGAACAGAAGCGCGCUGGGACACUCGCACACUUCCUCUUCCAUGUCUUCGGCGCCACUGCGCUGACCGCAGGCCUCAUAAUCAUUGAGAUUAACAAGGCUGGUCCUGGACAUGAACACUUUGCGUCCCCGCACGCUAUCCUCGGACUUACCUUCUACAUUCUUGUAUACAUCCAAGCCCUCGUCGGCUUCACGCAGUACUACGUUCCUAGCCUGUACGGAGGCGUAGACAACGCGAAGAGUAUAUACAAGUACCACCGUGCUUCCGGAUACUUUAUUGCAACGCUAGGCCUUGCGACGAUUUGCGCGGCGAGCUGGACCACAUACUCGCUCUACGUGGCGCACAUCCAGCACUGGGCCGUUAUUGUGGCCAGCGUGCUGGUGAUUGUGGGUGUUGUGCCGAGACUGCGGUUGACCAAGUUUGGAUUGAAGAAGGAGGAGGGGUCGGUGAGGCUUGAGUAGUUUGAUAAGCCUUCGAAGGCGGAGCGAGGGUCACUCGAAGAAAAGAGAGCGAGAAAGGCUGCUGGAAUGAAGGUGUCCUGAGAUGAACGGUCUUUAAUACAUGGAACGGUACAAAUUAGGGAGGAAUGCACACAUGGUUAGUUCGUCCUGGUAGGGUUUGGAAUAUAUAUAUUGCGUAUCUUGUCGUUUUCGAUUCAUCCAACUUGGACUCGGGCAAAGGUAGUCUACUUGGCAGCGUAGGUCAUUUGUUGGUUCUCUAUAGUCAAUGAGUAUCAAUGACGAGGAUGAAUACCAAGACGACUAGACC